AUGAAGUUCAUAGGGUCAGUGUUAGCGAUGACUUUUGCUCUGGUUUUAGCCUCAACCUCAGCAUCAGAUUCUGAUGCUCUUCAAGACCUCUGUGUUACAGACACUGCAUCUGGUGUUAAGGUGAAUGGAUUCACGUGUAAAGACGCUGCAAAAGUGAAUGCAUCUGAUUUCUCAUCAAACAUAUUAGCAAAACCAGGUGUGGCAGCAAACACAACCUUCGGUUCCAUUGUAACAGGAGCCAACGUUGAAAAGAUCCCAGGAUUGAACACACUUGGUGUGUCUCUGUCACGCAUUGACUAUGCCCCAGGUGGACUCAACCCACCCCACACACACCCACGUGCCACUGAGAUUGUGUUUGUUCUUGAAGGUCAACUUGAUGUUGGGUUCAUAACAACAUCCAAUGUUCUCAUAUCAAAGACCAUCUACAAGGGUGAGAUCUUUGUCUUCCCAAAAGGGUUGGUUCAUUUCCAGAAGAACAAUGCCAAUGAACCUGCUGCAGUUAUUUCAGCCUUCAACAGCCAAUUGCCUGGAACACAGUCUAUUCCUCUGACUUUGUUUGCUACCACCCCACCGGUCCCGGAUAACGUGUUGACCAAGGCAUUCCAGGUUGGUACCAAGGAGAUUGAGAAAAUCAAGUCUAGGCUUGCUCCCAAGAAGUAAUUGUUAUAGUAGGAAUGAUAUAUACUUGAUUGGUAUAUGUAUGCUUUAAUAAUGUCUCUGUU